AUGGCUGAAUCAGCUCCGACAACCCAGCGUCAGCGUCAACGCAAAUUCCAUCGAAGAUCGAGAAAUGGCUGUUCCACGUGCAAGGCUAAACACAUCCGGUGCGACGAGCGAAGACCUCUUUGCACAUAUUGUCUUCGACAUGGUGGAGAAUGUGGUUAUCCGGACGGAGACGCUGAAUCCAAUACUACGGAGGCCGAGUGCAGAUCCGGAUCGAGGGAGCCUCACGAGUCUACCGAGCCAUAUCUACACCUGGUAGACGCUACCCCGAAAGACCCAUUCUUAGGGACUUCGUACGACGUACCCCACAGGUCGCGAUCGCUAUUUCAGCUCUUCACAAAUACGAAGGUAUUAUACACCACUCGCGUCGAAAGAGAUGCCAAUUCGUUUAUCGUCCACAAAGCCUUGUCACAUCCGGGAUUCCUCCACGCUGCGCUGUUGAUGACAGCCCUGCACUGGGCUUGGUCCACCGGCGAUGUUGAGCAUUUCCGAGUCCCUUACCUCUACCACAAGCUGCAGGCAAUACGAUUUGUGACCGAUCAGCUAAGGCAUCCGGAAGCCGCUGUCCACGAUGGCACGAUUGCUGCCGUUUCGACCCUCGCUUUGGUCGAGAAUUCCUUGGGGUCCGUUGAUGCUGUCUCAUCUCAUUUACGGGGGCUUGCGAAAAUAAAGGAGUUGCAGGGCGAAGAUAGACGGCCCAAGAAGAUGGGCCUACUCCAACGAAUGAUCUUAAUGGCAGCAAGAAGCGUCUCUAGUCGUCCCGUUUGGGACAUCCUUGACAUUAGUAGAACGGACUUCGUGCAUCAGUCAAUGAUCAUAUCGCUGCUCCGAGUUGCACUUCGGCCGAUCUAUAGUCUGUACAUACUAGGUGACUCGCACGAUUCAAGAGAGCCGCUCUCCGAAAUCCUAGCGAGAAAAGUUCCCCAUCCUCGGGCGAGCGACAGCAACGUCCUAAGCCCCCUCAGAUCAGUGGACUCCAGUAGGUCGGGGUUUAUAGCUUGUUACUUCUACCUCUACGUGAUCAUGCGAGAAGGCUGCGUCGAUUCCUUCAUACUUAGCUGGUUCAUCGAGCAAUUACUGGCAGAUGUCUGCCGCACAGAGGUGCCGAUGCAGAAAGGGCAAUACAGCCCGUCUCUCUGGUUUUGGUCUGUCAUGUUUGGGGCAUGUGCCACGAUGGCUGCUAAGGCGAGUGACGAACUCGAAGCGUGUCAGAUGAAGGUGAUGCAAGACGUGUACCUUGACAAGAUAAAGCUCGUGAGCCAAAUGUUAAGGAUAAAGAACUGGGAGGCUGCCAAGUCGAUCCUGAUGCUCUUCGCUUGGGAGGAUGACUUUGAUGGGGAGAUGGAGUUGAGGGCUGUAUGGGAACAAGCAGUCUGGGAAGACGAGGGGAGACGCCUUGAAUGGCACGGCGCAUGA